CUGUGCCAUGAUGGUGUGGGUGUGCUCCGCGUUGAAGUUAGCUGAACAGACAGAACUCUACGGGUCCUCGCUAUGAUUCCCUCUCAUUUACCACCCAUAUAUGCACCAAGCGCUGUGUCAGAGGCUGCCUAAAUGGCGCCUUCCAUCAGCAAAGAAGAAUUAAUGAGGAACUCUGACCCUUUGGUCUGGGAUUUCGAAGCGUCUAGCAGUCAGAGUGAAAACACACAAAGGACCUGUGAACGUGUGUGGACUGCCUUAACUAGUCGUCUCUGCAAUGUUUUCAUCAUUGUACUCUCUGUGGCGACGGGACUUGCCAUUCUCCUGAAGCUGCUAACAGACAUCCAAUUUGCACAGGAUGCAGAAAUUCAGCUGAUGUUGCAAAACUGCUCACUCAAUCUGAGCGCCGGUGGUGAUAGUGGCAGCAGCAGCGGUGGAUCCCACAGUGCCUACCUGACAGUUGCAAAACUCGAAGCAUUCGUGGCUCUUCUUAGCUCAUUAUCCUUGGCUGUGCUGAGCCUCUUUCUGGCUGAGGUGUUGCUGAGGGCAGUUGCUGGAAGAGCUAGGUUUUUUAUGCAAGGACCCGAGGUGCUGGAUGCAGUCGUGGUGGUUGUGGCGUUUGGCCUGAACGUGGCCUCGCGGGUCUCACCAGACAAAGGCAGGCAGGCUGGUGCCCUCGUCAUAUUGCUGCGAGUCUGGAGAAUACAGCGGGUUCUUGACAGUUUGGUGGAUGUGGAGCGUACCCGUCUAAACUAUGUGCUGGGUGAACAAGAACGAGAGCGCACUCUGGCCCAGAACAAGGGCGAGCUGCUCAUCCUUCGAGUGGAAGACCUCGAGCAUGAAGUGGCCUACCUGAAGGAAAAGCUGAAGAAGACUGAAAAGGAGCAGGGGCGGCGGCAGCGGCGGCAACAGCGGGACUCUGGUUCUUCCUCCUCUUCAUCAGGAAUUUGCUGCAGACAUCCUGUCACCAUUGGAGUGGAGACCUGUCCAGUCAUCAGAGCCUCCAAGGAAACUCAGACUGACACCCCAGUGGGGCUAUGUGAAGUCAGAGUUGACCAGCACAUUAGACAAACAGGCCUGGAAGCUUUUGCCUCAAGUCUUUCUUGGGGUCUGCUUCUGGACGCCCUCUCUGUCCCCCGUGGCAGGCAGCCUGAGCGGCUGACCCUUUGUGAGCCACCAAAGGGUCCUCCCCCAGAGCUGCCGAGGCAGCAGAUUCGAGCAUGCAGUAGCUUGACUCAGGCUGCGAGUCACACAGAAGGCAGUCCUGCUGCUGUUGUGCCCCGCCGUGCCAGCCACACAGUCCUCUUCAGCAGCCUGGAUCGCUUCAGCGAAGCUGAGCACACGGAGAGCCCCGAGAGUGGCUAUGGAUCCGGCUGCAGGUCGGCAACCUCCUUAGGCAGUUCUGCCGCAGGCCGACCCUUGAGCAGCCGAUCGGCCAGCGUGUUUCUGUUCCCCGAUGCCGAUGGGCAGCCUACUCUUGAGAUGAGCACGUUGGACGAGGCCCUGGAAGCCGAGCCUCAGGCACCAGUGUACUUAGAGGAUCUCGAUGAUGACAACCCAAUGACAUCACUUUGAAGGUGUGCCUACUCGCUUAGGCCAGGAGGAAGGAGCUUCUCAAUGGAUAUUCAUGCCCAAUGCCAUCUCCCAAUGGCAGGAUCCAUGUGCUGUCCCAGAGUGCUGUCACGUCCUGCAUAAGUGUGGAGACAACCCUUACCUGCACUUUUUUUCCCGAGCUGUCCAGUAGCUGCUUAAAGGUAAGCUGGGUGACGUGGACUUCACUAAUCAUGGUGUGUUGCUAAACUUAUUGAAUGCCUAGGUAUUCAUGCUUUGUUGGGAUGUUUGACGUAGUAAGUAGACUCAAGCUAUAACUACUUCAUGGUUGGCUUUUUUUUUUUUUUUUUCUUCAAGAGAAGGUAGCAAAAUAGUUAGAGAUUUUCAGUCUGGUCAGUGUUGCUACUUUGAAGGCCUCGCACAGAGCAGGAUUAAGCCUUAGUAGGUUAAGCGCCUCGUAGCAACUGUGUUUCGGGAUGACCAAACAAAGUCAGUUGGAGGAGAGUGUAGAAAGAAGGUUUAAUAACAAGGAAAGAUUGAUGAGGAGCAUGUGGUGGCAAAGAAGCAAGCUUGCUGCAAAGACCUUAUUGUAUUUAUUUAUUUAUAUAUAUACAUAAAUAUUUAUUUAUUUAUUUAUUUAUUUAUUUAUUUAUUUAUUUAUUUCCGAUUUAAUACUGCACCAGUGCAACAAUAUAGUAGGGGACGUGCACAUACAGAGAAUGAAAAAUGGCCAAGAAAGCAAAAAUGUUCAAAGAAAAAAAAAGUCGGAAUGAAAGCAAAAGGGUGAAGCAAUGUGAACGAGUGACAAGGAGAAGUUGGGGUAGAGACUGCUUUAAGGAAUAUAAUUUUUUACUUCCUGCUUAAGGAUAUGUGUGAGCGCUUGGCUGUGCUGGGAGCAUUAUAAGACCAAAAGCUCUCACAGGAUAGGCUUCCAUGAAGCUAAUCAAAAUGCACCGGGCAGGCUUGUGUUGCCGACUUCACAAGGCGAAAGAGGAGUAGCAUAUAUCCUCAACACACACCUCAAGCAGCUCUCAAUGUAAGGUGGCACUUAUAGCAGAGUGCAAGAGCCAUCUGGUUGUAGCUAUCAUAACCGUGGCCAACUUUUCCUUGCUAGUGUGUGAUUCUCUUGCAGAGAGAGAAUAGGCAGGGACGUGCAAAGGUCACAUACAUCUUUGCAAUGCUAAAAAUACUGGUACAUGUAUGGCCUAAAUAAUGAUGGAGGCUGUUCUGCUAGCAUUUUCUGAACUUUCUGUCAAGUUCACAUCAUGAGCUUGUGUGAUAGCAGGUGAUGGAGCAACCUUCACAGGUGCUCUUGCCUAGGCUGCAUACUCUCAAAUCGUAGCUGGGCAGUGAAUGGCACAGUCAACUCUCAACCUCCGGGAGCCAUAAAAUGAACUUCUUGCUAGUAAAAUUUGUUAGAACGACCUACUUCACUGUUUGUGUCCUGAUGUUAUGAUGUCGUGGCAAUACUUAUGGAGAUAGGAAAGCCCAAAACUCAAAUCAUUCUAUAUUUUUAAGAAACAUCCUCAAUAUUUAGCAUUCCAAUUCAGUUUCAGAUAUUCCACUUUCUUUUUCGCAUCACAUUACAGCUUUGAGCUGAGGAUUAAAAAUAUGACAGGCUUGUCAUUUCAACCAACCACAUUGUUGAGCUGGCCCCUUUGGUUUAUAGCUCAGCCUUGGAUUCCUGAAAGGACUAAGACCAAAAAAUACUCAUAGCUUGGCUUGCAGCUGCUAGCAUGUGCACAGCUUUUGUUGAAAGAAAGGAAGCAACCAGGACAUCAGGGUUGCGCAGUCCAGGCUGCAAUGCGUUGUGCCCAUGAAACUCUUAUUGCUAGAAAAGCUCUUGAGGGUGGGGAGGAGAGUUGGCCUCCCUCUCCAGAAAUAUUGAGCAGUGCAGAUGCCACAAGAAGCUGACUAGGCAUCCCUUGGUCAGUGGCUGUCAUGUCUACUGCGACUUCAUUUCUUUUGACAAAGUUUGUACAUCUGAUUCAGAUGCUUGUUACUAUUCCACGGUGUACGUGAAGUAGAGUGCGUGUUGCUCUUGUGUGUUGCUCUUGUGCAACAUUCUCAUGUUCUUGUUGCUUAUGAGCUACCUUUUGAACACUGUAUUUCCUGAUCUUUGCUUUGGUAUGCAGCUGCAGCAUGCAUUUUCACUCUUGCAUACCCAGAGUGUACAGUAUUCAGUUCAAUGUUUUCAUUGUUGAGCACUCCAUAAUAGAUACACUAUGUAAUUUGGCAUAUUCUAAAUGUUGCAUGAAAAUGAAUGCCAGCUGUACAUGCCUUUUCUGAUUUGACUGCUGACUGAUUGAUGCAGAAAUUUUACCUAGAGGUGGCCAUCUGCGGUGGACGCAAUUUACCAUCAGUGGUGGAAGCGCUGCACCAAUUGCGCCAUCUUGCGGCAAACAAUCCAACUCCGCUACCCAGCUUCAAAACACUUUUCAAAUUAAGUCACUAAAUUUACCAAAGAUGUGCACAUUCAGUGGCAGCCACACAGGCAUAGCCGUGCAAUGGCUAGUGCGUUGCUCUCGACGUCAAUCCUGUGCAG